UUAUCCCCUCAGCACGGAGAAAACCCUCCUCCCUACUACCUGGUGGUGAACCCUGAUGACCCUCCUCCUCCAUACACGGGGUCCCAGGGGCCCGUCAGCGGCCCUCCUGUUAUAACCUACUACAGCAACCAACCUGUUCCGUAUUAUCCGCCUCCACCAGUGCUUCAGCCUGUCGCUGCGCCCGUUUACCAAAAUCAACCAGACUAUCCACAGACCCGACUAGUGGUGACACGGCAUAAAAAACUACCCCGGUACGGAGGCUCAGGUGGCCUGGUGUUCUUGUUGAUUUUCAUCGGAGUGGUCAUCUGGCUGGGAGUGCGAUAUGGGACGCCAUUCCAGUCCACUGCUACGACUGAGAAAUGCAUGUACAUGGUCACCUGCGAAGGACACGAAUGCAAAGACGGCAGAAAUGAGACGCACUGCGUGAGGUUCGGAUCAAAAAACGAGCUGCAGGUCAUGACCGUGAACUCCAGCAGCUUCCUUCCCGUCUGCUUUAUAGGCUGGAAUCAGAACCUGGCCAACAAAACCUGUAAACAGCUCGGAUUCAGGGGAAGUUAUGACUACGGACCUUUAGUGUCCAGCUCAUCAUUAUUUUACUCAGUGACCACUCAGUCCUCAAACACCGUACAGGGAAAAAUUAUAGCCAGUUCAUCAUGUCCUGAUCAUCAGUCGGUCUUCCUCCAGUGCAGUGAUUGCGGAUUUUCAAACGUAACCUCCCGGAUCAUCAGUGGGAGCGUUGCAGAGUCAGGCGAGUGGCCGUGGCAGGCCAGCCUACACUUCCAGGGCUACCACGUCUGUGGAGGCUCGCUGGUGGCUCAAGACUUCAUCGUGACCGCUGCACACUGCUUCAGCUCAGCCUCGAGCCUGUUGCCUAAAAACUGGCAGGUGUAUUUGGGAACGGUCUCCCAGGACAUGCUUCCACCACCAUACUUCGUGGCUGAGAUCAUUCUGCAUAAGCUUUACAAUCCAGCGACGAAGGACUACGACAUCGCUCUGCUCAAACUCAGCCUCCCCGUCAGACUUUCAGGAACAAUCCAGCCUGUGUGCCUUCCUAUGUUUGACCAAGUCGUCUCAGCGAACAGGCAGUGCUGGACAACUGGUUUUGGAACCACGGUGGAAGGUGUCGACGUCGGUUCCACUAUGCUGAUGGAUGUGGCGGUGGGUAUAAUCGACUUGUCUGUGUGUAACAACAACUCCAUCUACACAGAACAGGUUACAGAGAACAUGCUCUGUGCGGGUGACCUGCAGGGAGGAAAAGACACCUGCCAGGGUGACAGUGGAGGGCCUCUAGUGUGUCAGGAGGAUGACCGGCACUGGUACCUCUUCGGUGUGACGAGUUGGGGGGUGGGAUGUGGUCGCAGACACAAGCCAGGCGUCUACAGCAACGUACACAGUCUUCUAGAGUGGAUCCACAGCCAGAUGGGCAAGUCAAGCCGUGACCCCACUGCAGUCUGAAUAUUGGAGAGAACAUUUUUUCACUGGGCACAUACUUAAACAUUAAGCUUCAUCUGUACAUGAUACAUUUCUAUUAUAAUAAAAAUCUAAAAACAAAGUAGAACUAAUAACUAAAGCUGUGAAUUCUGUGAAAUGUUCUAUAAUUCUCUAUAAUUCUAAUAUGCAGUAUCUACACUGUAUGUACAUUAAUAUUAUUACAUUUUCUUUAUUGCAUGUCCUGUAAUGCAAAUCAUGCCCAAAUAAAAUAA